UGUUUCAGUUUGAUGUAAAGUUAACAGUGUCGCGGGUUAAUGACGUCAUAACAUGAAGUAAUGGCGGCUCACGCUAGCGAGCUUGAAAUUGCGAAGAAAAACUUAACGGAUGCGAUUGGAGACAACGUUAAACAUUACUGGGCAAACCUGAAAUUAUGGUUCAAGCAAAAGAUCAGCAAAGAGGAGUUUGACAUUGAGGCCCGUCGUCUUUUGGCACAGGAGAACGUCCAUGUUCACAAUGACUUUCUCCUGGCCAUUCUCACACGCUGCCAGAUUAUCGUCUCCACUCCAGAGGUCACUGGGCCUUUACAAUGGCAGGGGGGCUCUGCUUCCAAGCCUGGAAAACCCAAAGGAAAGAAGAAAUGUUCUUCAAGACAGAAAUUUGAUCAUCGUUUCCAGCCCCAGAAUCCUCUGAGUGCCGCCCAGCCAUUCAGCCCACGUGAGUUUGGAGGUGAGGAGGAAGAGCUGCGUCUCAGUGCCCAUACUCUCCUGCUGCCCACACGCAGUCAGCUCGAGGCCCGGAUGAUGGUCACUGCGUUCGAGCUGGGGCUGGACAACAUCACCGACGAUUCUGUCAACACUAUGGUCUAUGCUCUUGAGCACCACCUAAAAGACGUCCUGACUGCCGUCAUAUCCAGGAGGAAGGCGUAUCGAUUACGUGACGGUCAUUUUCCUUACGCAUUUGGCAGUGAUGUCACGCCACAGCCGUAUCUGAAAAACAGCCUGGCUGCCUACCAGAGUGUCAUUGAGUGCCCUCCUCCCAGUGCUUCCCUUCCUGCCGGUCCUCCACCUCAAGUGUCACCAGAUGAUGCUGAACAACAAGCUGUUCACCUAUUGGCUUGUUCCGCGGACAGACUUCCCGCUCCGUUGUCUCCGAUUUCUUUAUUUGAUCUUUUGGAGGCUUUAAAGGUUCACCACAGCGUAAUGCCCUCCCACACCAUGUACGCCCUCAACGUGGAGCGCAUCCUGUCGCGGCUGUGGCACCCCAGCCACGAAGAGCUAGAACAGGACCACGUUCACCGGCAGAGACUGGCUGCCAAAGAGGACGUGAAUGUCAGCUGAGAAACACUGGAACAGUACUUAUAACCAGGUAUCAUCAGGAUCCAAACACACACACACAAAAAAAAAAACAGACUCUAAACACUUUAAAUAAAUACAGCCAGUGUGGUUCCAAAUGGAACAACAGUGUUGGAAGUCAGUCCUAGAUAAUAGCUACUGGUUGGUACAAUAGCUCUACUCCACAGGAGGCGGGUUUGUUGACUCUCAGCCACGUUGACAGUCGAAAAUCUUCCGUGAACUUAGGGACGUAAACAUGUAUAUAUUUUGAAAGCAGCUAUGAGCGGGGGGUUGCACUGCGCGCGUGUGUGUGUGUGUAUGUAGGACGUUUGAAUGAAAUAUGUCUAUGCACCAAAAUUAAGUUUUGAAAGCGAGCGUCUGUAUCCACAGGUGUCACUACGUUCAAACUAUGAGACUGAAGUUACUUUGGGUUUUUUUUUCUUUAAGAAAUCCAAUAACCAAUUCCACUUUUUUGUAAAAUCAAACCCGUGUUUCUUUAUAGCCAACAGAGGAAACAAUUACAUAAAAGUUUUAUGCAUCUUUUUGCUUAUAUCCAUAUUGACCCUCAUUAUUUAUCUGCAAUGAAAGCAAGGCAAACAUCAACAACAACAACAACAACACUAACUGCACUUAUUGGAAAAGUUGAGACAUUAUCAAUUGCUUCAUAUGUGUUGCCAUACAAGAAAAACAGCAACACUUUAUGGUCAAUUUAUUGAAUUUAAAGCGUCAAUAAAAUCUAAGCUUCAUACUGCCACCAGUAAUGAAAUAUUUUAAUAAAAAAAACAAAACAACAUUCCCUUAACAUUUUACACAGUAGACAUUUAAAUUAGUCAAUGCAUAAGUGAAACUAAAAUUUAUUUGGAUGAGUCAUAUUUGAGUUCAGGUUAAAAUGUGCAUACGUUAUAUAUGUAUAUUUGUUGCUCCACAAAUGUAAUUUUGUUGAAUUGAGAAACUUGAACUUCAGAUUCAGGUGUUAAAAUAUGAUACUGUAUAUGGUUAGUCUGAUUUGUUUUAAGAAUAAAACACGUUUUUUUUUUUU